AUGGCAGAAUCAGAUCACAGAGCACACAGAAGUAGACAACUAUACCAGAAAGUGAAUGGGAUGAGAAAAGGAUAUAAAGGGCAUGACAAAUUUAUAAGAAGUAAGGAUGGAGAACUGAUAACAACAAAGAUGGAAAUAACAGAAAGAUGGGCAGAAUAUUUCGAACAAUUGCUUAAUGGAGAAGACCCUGAAGAAAUAUUUGAUUGUAUACAAGAACCAUCCAAUAAUAGCGAAUAUGAAACACCUACGAUACAAGAAGUCAAGAUACAAAUUAAGAGGUUAAAAACCAUAAAUCACCUAACGAAGUUGGUAUAUAAGGCGAAAUAA